AAAGUUCUAUCGAUCUUCUGCUCAUGCGUAGUUUAGAUUUCGCACCACUUUAGUACAUCUGAGUAUGCGCAGAAAAGAGAUAGUGCUAACGCUAUGGCGAACACAAACUCCCUAAUCUGCUCGUAAUCGUUCUUCGAAAGAAUCGAUUUAGAAUCGCAUCCUCGCUCCGCGGCGCGAAUGGGCGCGUAGUCCGCUGUCAGCGCUGCUUUCGCGUCCGCUGUCAGUAGAAACCUAUUACGAUACAAUUCAAUCGGUGAAAGUGUUUCACGUGAAUUGAUAAUACAUGUGUCCACUUUGUUUACCAGCAUGUUACAUAUUAAAGUGGAUAACUAGUUUUCCAUUGAGAUAAUUUAAAUCAGAUUUCAGCGUGUAGUGUCUUCGUUUGUCUUGACAGUUCAGUUAAAAAAAAUGUCGAAAAAAACAGCACUAAAGAAAACAUUAGAAUAUUUAACUUAUGACAACAUACUACUAGAGAAAGAAAUAGUUGAACUUCAGAUUGAGCUUUCACUUAAAGGAAAGAGACAGCACUGCUUUAAUCUUGAAUCUGAUGAAGAUGAUGCUGACACACGUAUCACUGAAUUGGAUUACAAGAAAGAAAAACAUCUUUCACAGCUCUCUACCGUUUACGCUGGAAUCAAUUUUGUCUCAGUGACACGCUUUGACAUAGACAUGAAAAUUCGCGUUUAUCGCGGAGUGGGCGAAUUAGAUUAUAUUCGUUUUGAUUUCCAGUUUGAAAUUGAAGAGGAAAGACUUUUUCAAAGCAUUAUUAUUAAAUUUGAAAGCGAAGCUCUUGAAAAAGAGCUUGGGGCAUGGAGAAGAGAACUGUCACGAAAAAGAGAUUUUAUGCAGUUGAUUUCAGGAAUUUCAAGUUAUUCAAAUUUAUUAUCUCAAAUGAAAGAGAUUUUAUUUCCAUUAAAGGACAGUUUGAAUAAUAUCUUUGAAAUUACCUUCAAUGUAACUGGGUGUGUUGCAAAAACAAAAAAAAUGCUUGAACAUUUGGAUGCUCCUGUUUUAACAAUAUAUUGGAAAAUUGUUUGGAAUGAUAUUCUGAAAACAAUGGAAGAUACAUUUACUUUGGAAAUACCUGACAGUGAACUAUUUGCUGAGGCACAAAUAAGAUUUUGGAGUCAAUUUUGCAAGAGAAUGUCGUAUUCCUCUGCUGAUAUCAGGAAAUUCUGGAUUGCAUUGUGUGAUACCCCUGAAUUACUAAGAUGAAAUGUGAUAUUUAUUAUGUACAUUGCUAAUAUUAAAAUGUUUACAUAAACUAUAUUUUUUACUUCUAUUAAUGGCCGUCUUGUUUCAUGGAAUAAAGAUCAUUGUAUAAUUUA